GUUAGAACGCUGGUCGGCGAGAUCAUGGGAUCCACGGAGCACGUAGCGGUGGAUGGACGGCCUUACCAGAUAUCGCGCUUCCUUAGUAUUCCGUUUGCCGAAUCGACCGGCGGCCAGAAUCGCUUCCGGAAGCCAAUUCCAAAGGCGCCAUUUACGGACGUUUUCAACGCUACUCAAAAGCCCAUGGGCUGUUAUCAAGCAUCCCUGGGGAGUGCGGCGAGUUACGGGAAGUAUGUGAAUUUCACUGAGGACUGCCUCACACUUAAUAUUUAUGUGCCUCAUACGUUUGGCAGCAACGCUUCCCUGCCAGUGAUGGUAUGGAUCUACGGGGGAGGGUUCGUCGAGGGCGCCACUGCCAUCUACCCGGGUGAAGGGAUAGCGACGCUCGGUGAGGUCAUCCUGGUCACCGUAAACUACCGAGUCGGCAUGUUCGGCUUUAUCCGCAGCGCUAGCGGCGACCUAACUGGCAACCAGGGAUUAUGGGACCAACACCUAGCCAUUAAGUGGGUCCAUAAAAACAUCGCCGCUUUUACUGGAAACCCGAAUGACGUAACGUUAUUCGGAGAAUCGGCGGGUGCAGCUUCUGCUGUUUAUCAAGCGCUUUAUGCGGGAAACAAAGGCCUGUUCCGGCGUGUCAUCGCACAGAGCGGUUCAGCUAUCUCCUACUGGGCAAUUCAUAACGGACCGAAUGCGGAAGCCUUCAUACAGAAGAAGGGGUGUGGCGGAUCACCGGAUCCCGCCGGCUGUCUGCGCGCCCUUGAGCCGGCAAUGAUUAUGGACCAAGACACAUUACCGAUGAGACCUAUAGUGGACAAUGAUUUCCUCGUUGCUGAUCCAAAAAGCAUAAUGUUUGGAAACGAUCCGAAAACUGCAGCCGCGAGAAACUUCUUUGCUUCCCUAGACUUUCUUACGGGAUUUAACGAAUUCGAAGGAGCGCUUUACCUCUUUAAUGUUUGGCCAUCUUAUUUAAGUUACACAAACAUGGACAGUCUCACUGUGACACGGGAGCAGUUCUCAAAGGUUGUAGUUCCAGUUACAGUAAGUGCCGCGCGGCCAUCAGCGAAUAACGCGACGGCGGAGGUAUUGGGCCGACUGUUGGACUUUAUGUACACGAACUGGAGCCGCCCCGACGACAGUGUCCUCCUGCGCGACGCCCUGGUCGAGCUAACUAGUGACUCGGCAUUUUUCGAGCCAGCAAUAUCCACAGUGCACGUACAUGCAACCUUUGGCGGCGCCAGGACCUUCCUCUACCGGUUUAGUGUGACUCCAACCACACACGUAUUCAAAACACCUUCAUGGAUUGAAGGCCCGAACCAUUCGGAUGAAAUACAGUAUGUGUUCGGCCAUCCACUCUACCGGGCCUCCGUAUCUACAGGUAACUACACACCACAGGAGCGACAUGUUGCCCUCGCCGCCGUUACAAUGUGGACCAACUUCGCCAAAACCGGCGACCCCAGCAAGCCGACAACCGUACCGUGGUACACCAACACCACAUGGCCGGAAUAUGACGUCACGUCACAGGCCUAUAUGCAAUUUAGCGGAAACGGGGCUACGGUUGGCAGCCGGUUUGCGCCGCGCCGGAUGAAGAUGUGGCAGCACUUGUUUCCGGCGGUGGCGGACAUCUACGAUUGUCACCAGCAUGUACAUGAGCCGCACGUCCCUGUAGUUAUAGGGAAAUAA